CUCAUUGGGAUUACGAGGAGCUGCGUUUGCGUUCAGUCUCCUCAGCGCUAACGAGUCUGAGGUGAUUAAAAAUGUCCAAUUAAAACAACAACCUUCUCUUCUAAUUAUGUGACAAUCGGCUGUUUUCAGUCGGUAACGCGUCAGGACCGUUUACGAACACUUCCAGAAUUAAUCAAGUGAGCAUUUUCAAGCCUCACAGAGCACAGUUUUGAUCGAAAAGCCCAUUCCAAAUCUUUGUCUGAGCAUCAUUCUGCUUGCAUGUUUCAAAUGGCUUGCUGUCUAAAGGAUGAGCUCUUGUGUUCCAUUUGUCUGAGCAUUUAUCAAGACCCGGUCAGUUUUGGCUGCGAGCACUACUUCUGUCGUAAGUGCAUUACUGAGCACUGGAGCAGGCAGGAGCAUCACAGGACAAGAGACUGCCCAGAGUGCAGGAGGACCUUCACGGAUCCAUUGCUGUCCCCGAGCCUGAAGCUCUCCAACAUCGUGGAGAGGUAUGCUGCAUUCCCUCUCGACGCCAUCCUCAACGCUCAGAGAAACUCGUACCCGUGCAAGGACCAUGAAAAGGUCAAACUCUUCUGCCUAAGUGACAAGAGCUUGGUGUGCUUCUUCUGUGAUGAACCCGCCUUACACGAACAGCACCAAGUGACCACCGUUGACGAGGCCUAUGAGGAAAUACAGAGGGAGAUGAAGGAGCAGCUGGCAACUCUACAAGACAGUGAGAAGGGUCACACCGAGGCUUUACAAUUACUUCAGAGGCAGCUCACUGAAACAAAGUCAUCAGCGAAGAGCCUUCGUGCCACAAUCGGUGAUGCGUUUGAUCGACUGCAUCGUUUCCUGCGGGAACGACAGAAAAGCAUGUUGGAGGAACUGGAGGCUGACACAGCUCGCACACUCACCGAUAUCGAACAUAAGAUCCAGCGCUACAGCCAGCAGCUCCGUGAUGUCAAGGAAGGAAUCCAGAUCCUUCAAGAACGUUUGAGUGAAACCAGCCAUCAUGAAUUCUUGGAAGGAAUAGCCCUCACUGUGGACAGGGAGCAAGUGAUUCGUGGAGGGUAUUGCUGGUGGAAGAUACCAAGAAUUAAAGGAAAGAUCCACGAAACAAACCUUACCUAUGAAGACUUCCCGACAUCCAAAUAUAUGGGGCCGCUGCAAUAUACCAUUUGGAAAUCUCUCUAUCAGGAUAUCUCACCAGUGCCUGCUGCUUUAACCAUGGACCACAUCACUGCUCAUCAACGGCUGAUAUUGUCGGACGACUGCACUAUAGUUGCGUAUGGUAACCUGCAUCCACAGCCACUUCAAGAUUCCCCACGCCGGUUUGAUGUGGAAGUAUCCGUGCUAGGAGCUGAAGGUUUCUCCAGUGGUGUCCACUACUGGGAGGUAAUGGUAUCUGAGAAAACCCAGUGGAUGAUCGGUGUAGCCAAUGAGACGGUCAACCGCAAGGGUAGUAUUCAAAUCCAACCAAGUCGAGGCUUUUACUGCAUCGUUAUGCAUGACGGGAGUCAGUACAGCGCAUGCACCGAGCCCUGGACGCGCCUCAACGUAAAGAGCAAGCUUGAGAAGGUGGGCGUCUACUUGGAUUACCUUAAAGGUUUGCUGGUUUUCUACAAUGCCGAUGACAUGUCCUGGCUCUACACAUACCGAGAGAAGUUCCCCGCUAAACUUUUUCCAUACUUCAGCCCUGGUCAAAGUCAUGCAAAUGGAAAGAACGUGCAGCCCUUGCGAAUUAACACUGUACGUUUAUAGGAACUGAGUCAACAGACAGAAAUUGAAAAAACUAGUAUGUGCGAUAAAGUUUAUUUCUUUCAGUUUGCCGCAAGGCACUCGAGGGGUAGCCUACAUGGUACUGAAUAAAGUGACUGUUUGAUGGAUGUAACGCAAGGCUCUUUGAGUGCCUGGAGUUGGAACUUGAAGAGUACAUAAUAUUGAGAGCCUUGCACUUUUCUGAGUGGCGCCAAUGGGCGAUUUGUACAUUAAGUGUUGCCAGUCAUUUGUAAUCUUGCCAUGGCCUUCUUGCUUGCCCAAGAUUUCCCCAGCUGCUUGCACACAAUACACUGUCUUAGAUCCCCUCAGCCCCUACAGGGUUCAAAUGCUCUCUCUUUUAUAGCUUUUGUCUGGAAAAAAGCUUAUCUGUUGUACUGACAGAAAUAUUAAAUGUGUUGCCUGCUUUGUUUUGUACAAUCAACUUUUUGCGCAUUUGUGAAAUGUGUCUGGCGUUGUGCCGCUAUCCUAUCUAAUAUUUUGACACAUGGUUAAAUCUUGUGCACUGACAGAGACCAGUGAGCUAGUGCAGUACAAACUUUAUUGCUUUUCCCCCAUUAGGUGCACAAAUGGUGAUUUCGGAAAAUUGCAUUCUUCAAGUCAUGCUUUUCCACGACGUUGACAGUGAUUUGAUUUUGCAGUCCUGUUUUGGCUAUGGUUUUUCCUGUGCUGUUUUGUCUUGUGCACAGUUGAGCACUCAGCCUUUCAAAGUAUACACUUUUGACUGCAAGCCCAAAUGGACUUGCUCUAUGCAUACUCUUUAUUACUGGCUGUGGUGGGCGCAAGUACAGAUGAGGUGAACAAAUUGUCUAUUUCUAGUAAAACUAGGCAGCAAUUGCACUGUUCGUGAGGCAUAGUUCACCUGGAAAACCUUUGUUCUUUGGUCUGCGUGAAUGAUUGUGUUCGCUAUUAGAUCUAUCCAUUUUGAUGACUCCCUCCCUGGCUCUGUUUUACCCCUUCUAGUUGAGAUUCAUGGCAGUGCUAGAGGGGCUUGAAUGCUACUAUUGUGUCUGCUGCUAUAAUGAAAUAGCGGUCAUGACUUUGCGCAUUUGUACAUAUCGUAGGUGAUGGCUACACCUUUCCUAUACUGGUGAUAAGUGCAUCCCUGCACCCUUCUUGUUUCAUUAGUAUGGUAUUCCUUUUAUUUUUUCAUCUUUUGCUUACUUUCUAAAACAUUCCAGGUCUUCUGCUGUCCUGAAGUGUUAAAGAGUACACUGGUUUGUGCACUCCACCAUCUGUCAACUUUUACACAUCUAAUCAGGUCAUAAUGGUGCAAGUAGGCUGCAAGACUUUUCCAUUUAAAGAGAUUAAAUCCAUGCCUCUUGUGUUGAAAAUAGCAGUGGUUUUCAUUUCCUGUGUAAAUAUAUAUCUGUUGAAAUUUCAGGGAGAAGGCUGAAGAGCCUUUUUAAGAAAUAUAGCAUUUUUAGUGCAAAUAUAGUUUUAAAUGUAAACACUACACUCUUUGAGAACUUUGUCAGAAUACACACAUAAAUGUUCUGCGAUUGCCCUGAAUUGAUGUUGCCACUUUUGCAAAAUCAACAUUUGGUGCACUAAUUUUAACAAGGCUUGGUUGUGUGACCUGGCCUGACUGUUGUAACACCCUAAAGAGCUAUCACAAACCCCCAGAGUUGUAAUUCCCAGUAAUUAUAACUUUUUUUUUCCAACGUCAUUGCUGCCGCAAUCAAAUUGGUGGGAAAAUUCCACUGAUCUCAUUGGAAAUUAUGGACUUUGAAUCUAUUCCAUAUUUUAUUGUACUAGAAGUUCUCCACUCCUGUUUAUGAUGUAACUGUUCUAUAAUUAUUUGUGUUAAAAGGUAAAGAUGCAACUGGUGUUGUUAGAUGUGUUGGUCAGGACACUUAUGACAUAGACCUCAAUGAGGUUGGCAUUACACAAGGUUGCUGCUUGUUAUGUGAGGCGGUCAGAUGAUUAUUAUUAUUGUUAGGUGGUGGUGAUGGGUUUUUUAAGAUAUAUAGUUAUACGUAUAGAUUUCUGAGGAUUAUGUUGUUGUUGGUGAUGAUGAUUUGUGUCUUUGAAUGAAAGCUGUUUUGCACCCAUCAUUAUCUAAAUGCACUCUAGUGAGCUCAUGCUGCUAGAGGUUCAUGGAAAAAAAUGUAAUGUCCAAUUAAAAAAAUGGAAA